AUGUUCAAUUCUUGGCUCCCGUCUCUGGGCUCACAGUCCCCCUCGGUGGCGGCAGCCUCAACGCCCCCGACCCAGGCCGGGACAGUCGGCACCGACCACCGGGCCAUCCACAAGAUCGAUGCCUCGGCGCGAUUGGCCUUCUCUCGAGGAAUCGACUACAAUGUCAAGAUCCUCGUCCGCGGUGACCGUGGCGCCGGGAAAUCCCUGCUCAUUCGUCGAUUUGAGGAAUACUCGGUUUUCAUGGCCGGGUCUGCCAGCCAAACUGCCGGCACCUUUGUCCCCGCCAGCCUGACCACCAUCAAUGCCGACGCCUACCUGCCGACGUCGGAAAUCACAUCCACCAGCGUCGCAUGGAAGUACAAAGCAUACGACGAGACCGUCAAGGUUGAGCUGUGGGAUGUGGUUGAUGAAGCCCGCAAGGAUGCCUCUUCCGGGGCCGUCGCCCUGGACAGCAGUACGAUCGACGUUUACCACAAUGCCGACGGCAUUGUCGUGGUCUAUGACAUGACCAAGCGCUGGACCUUCGACUAUGCGCGCACCAUGCUGCUUAGCUCCUGCUCCGGCCCGGCCGACGAGGAAGAGGACAAGCAGGAUGCCGAAAGCCCAGCCAACACCUCCAACACCCUGCCCGCCCACCUUCCCGUCCUGCUGCUGGCCACCUGCCGCGACCGCGGUGACCACCGGGUUGUCUCGGCCGAGGAGGGCCUGUCCCUGGCGCUGGCGGUCACCGAGGCCCGGCGUGAGGUUCAGCCGGCCGACGCCAGCCCGGGCGCCGCGCCGAUCCACUACGCCGAAGUGGCCCUGACCAAUGGGUUUGGCCUGCGGCAGGUUGACCGGUGGCUGGCCGGGCCGUAUCUGGCCGUGGUCGAUCGGUCCCUGGCACAGCUCCGGGCCGAUGUGGCGCGCGAGCGCCAGGCCAGCGAGGCGGAGCUCCGUGAGGCCACCUCCGCCGAGUUGGCAUCCACUUCGGAUGCCUAUGAUCGCUAUGUUCAAACGCAGCGCAACAUUCGCGCCAAGCCAUCCCCUCGAAUUGUGCGCACCUCGCCGGCCGAGGCCCCAGGCUCUGCCCCUGACCCGGCGCCGGCCCCCCCGGCCAAGGCAGCAGGCAGCCCCGUCAUCGUGUCGGUACCUGUGGCAGCCGCCGCUUCGACUUCGGCCUCGGGUCCGACUCCCGCCCGGACGAAGUCCGCUCCUCCGGCCCCGGCCCCGGCCCCGGCCCCGGCCCCGGCCCCCGUAGCCUCGGGCCCUGCGUCGCCGCCGACCUCGGCCACCUCGGGCCCCGGCGCUGGCGGCGGCGCCGCCGCCCCAUCGGCCACCGCCCCGGGCUCGACCUUCUCCUUCAUUUCGCGCCUCUUCGGCGGGGGCUCCGCCGCGGCUGCCGAAGCCGCCAAGGGCCCGGCUUCGCCCACCGGACCCACCCUCAAGGAGACGGCCGCCAAUGUCACCCUUUCCAAGACGCCGCUCCGGUCGCUGGAUGAUUUCACCCUGGAGCUGGCCGAUGGCGGGGCCAUCGCCGACGCCUUCUGGGACAGCCCCACUGUCGGGGCGCCGGUCGCGGCUGGCGGCAAGCCUCGGCCCGGUGCCACGGCCGCCUCGACCAAGAAACCGGCCAAGCAGCCGGCCCGCCCGGCGGCCCGGGCCCACCUCUCGGACUCGGACUCGGACGAUGACAACCCCCUGGUCCUCGGUGAUGACGAUGGCUUCCCGGACAUGGCAGCCGGCUCGGCCGCCGGCCCGACCGCCGGCUCCAUGUCCUCCAUUCGCAUUACGCGCCCCUCUCCGGCGCGAAGCAGGCCCGCCCCGGCCUCGGCCACCUUUGCCCGGGAUGGCGAUAGCGACAGCGACAGCGACAGCGACAGCCGCUACAGCACCGGCGGGCUGGUCGCGGCUGAUGAGGACCUGCCGGCCGUGGCGUCAUCCUCCUCGCGGGCCCGGGCCCCGGCCCGUCAGCCCGCCUCGACGGCCGUGGCCGUGGCGCUGGACAGCGACAGCGAUGACGACCACCACUCCGGGCUGGUCAUGGCCGAUAUGGAUCUCGAUGCGCUGACCCUCUCCAUGGGAGGCGGUCCCGCCUCGUCGAGCCGGCCUCGCUCGACGAAGUCCCCCUCGCGGCGUGCUCUCUCCGAUGACUCGGCCACCGGGCUGGCUGCCCCACGCCCUCGUAAGAAGUCCUCCGCCUCGUCCUCGGCCACCGUCAGUGUCAGUGGCUCCUCGGUGGACCUGGCCCCCGCAUCUGAAGAUGGCAGUGGCAAGAAGAAGAAGAAGAAGAAGUCCAGCACCUCUGCGCCGAGCGCCGCCCCGGUGUCGGCCCCGGCUUCGGGCAUUCCAUCGCCGACGGUCCUCCCGGCCACCGAGCCUCCGGCCCCCGCUCGCCGGGCCGCGCCGGCCCCACUCCCCGAUUCCGACUCCGAUUCCGAUGCCGACCUCCCCCCGAUGCCUGCCAAGAAGGCCUCCUCCCGGUCACGCAAGGCCAAGAUCUCCUUCGACGACUUCCAGUAG